AUGCCAAGACCUGUAAACAGAAACUUAUUAGAUCCAAUAACUGACAGGGAUAUUAACCCUAGGCCUUAUCUUGGCUACAUGUUUGAAACUGCUCAACAUCAUUUAGACUCCGUAAUUUUAAAUGCAAUACGACAACGCUGCUCCGCCUUCUUACUGCAAUUACUUAAGGAAUUGCAACAAAGGCUUCCAGACAACUACAAGCAGCUAGAAUCAAUGGAGUUGCUAAGACCAGAGGAGGCAAUAAAACCAAUCAAGUCAAACACUAUCAUCGACGUUGCUGAAAUUUCGGGAUUUACACCAGAAAUAAUAGACAAGACUAAGCUUGACAAUGCCGAAAUACAAAAGCAAGUCAAAAGUGAAGCGGGGCCAAGCUCUUAUAAACUAUUGCAUCAACAAGAUGACAUUUUACCGGAUGUAACUAUUGAAAAGAAUCAACCUGAAACAGAAAAAAGAAAUAUAUGUAGCAGGCGAAUUGUUGAUAUUAAAUACUUUUUUCAAAAUUGCAAGUAA